AUGGCAGUCAAAGACAAAGAAAACCUUGCCUCCGCCUACGUUCUCAGUUUUCUCGCUGACCAUGAUCGCGAGGAAGCCGAAAAAUUCUUUGAGAAAGAGGACCUGGAUCUUCUUGCCCCAGAUCUCCCCGCCAUAAUAAAUUUGGAUGCAGCUUCUAAGUCGCUACGUGUCUCUGUGACUCUCCCUGGCGGCGCUACAAACAACUCAGUCUGGACGUUUGAGCUUCCUGGCACAAUCUUUCAGAAUCUCACAAACGUCCAAGGGACCCUCUACACCAGAAUAGAUGCUCGCCAACUCCUAGGAGAGAAUGAAUUUUGGAUUCAACAAUACCCAAGUGGCGUCCCUGGACAGAUUGGUCGCACGGUCAUUGAGUUCUAUAACACGAAAAUCAUUACUGCAAUUUUCAAAUCGUCCAACGACAACUUCGGCGCUUCUGGAAGCGGCGUCUGGACUGGUCUUGGACCACGCACGUAA